AUGGAGGAAUAUGUGCGGGAGCCAUGCCCAUGGAGGAUUGUGGAUGAUUGUGGUGGGGCUUUUACUAUGGGCAUCAUCGGUGGAGGAGUGUUUCAGGCAGUUAAAGGUUUUAGGAAUGCCCCAGUGGGAAUCCGACAUCGUUUCCGUGGCAGUGUUAGUGCUGUGAAGAUUCGCGCUCCUCAGAUCGGAGGCAGCUUUGCGGUAUGGGGUGGCCUCUUUUCCACUAUUGAUUGCAGCUUAGUGAGGAUCCGAAGAAAGGAGGAUCCAUGGAACUCCAUCACCAGUGGAGCACUUACAGGAGCCAUACUGGCCUCUCGAAGUGGCCCUCUGGCAAUGGUGGGCUCAGCCCUAAUGGGAGGCAUUUUGUUGGCUCUUAUUGAAGGUGUUGGGAUCCUCCUCACUCGCUACACAGCACCACAGUUUCAAAACCGUGAGUAUACUAAAAGUACAUGA